CCUCCCAACAAGAUAAGAUGAAGGCUUUGAUGAAAGUCCUUGUCGACUGUACAGAGGAUGCCACAAAAUCCCUGGGGGGUUUAGUUGAUCAUGCAUUAGACCACAUGCAUGACGAAGAAAUCCUAGCUAGGACAUUGUUUGCUAUCAAAGAUAAACUAGAGUUGCUUCAGCAGGAUGCCUUAGAGGCAAAAGUCCAAGCGUUUCCAAAACUAGCUAAGUACGACUGGGAUGACAUCAGUGUUGAUCCUCCCUCUCCGUCACCCCCUCCAACAGUUACUGAUCCUUCUGUUGACGAAGAGGAGUUCUACUGCCCCGACGUGAGUGACGAAUGGUAUUUCAGUGAUUCAGAUAGGUCUACCCGUAAUAGCUACUGGAAUAUGUUUUAGGGUUACGUUGGCAGUGAAAGGUACAUGACAUCCUUUUGAAAACCCAUAUGUCAUGUAUGUCUAUGUCUAAGCAGUAGACUGUCCGAAGAAGUACUUAGUUCGAUGUAAGGAAUAAUUGUAGUCUGGGAACUUUGCUCAGUAUGAACUCUAAUGUGUUUGGUUUAGUACUGUAACCUUUAAUGCGAACCUUUUAUUAUAAUUGUUACAGCUUAUUAUGUUUGAUUUCUAAAUCAUUACUUCAAAUGCAUAUGCUGAAAUGUUACUCUUAUUACCAUCUCACUUAAUCUGUCCCCUGUCCACCCUUACUAGAAUGGACCCAUCAAACAAUGCGACUUCUUCUCAGUCCAUGUCAAACUCAUCUAUUGGCCAGCAGUUUGUUCCUCCACCCCCUAUGUGGCCCACGGCUUACAUGCAGCAGAGUGCUAUGGAUUGUAACCUCGUGGGAAAUCUGAAUUUUCCAAACCCUGCUCAAGGUCCGACAACAUUGUGGGCACCCAUGCAUACAGGGAAUACUUCUUCCCAAUCUUCCAUGAUUCCGGCCUCUCAAUCAGCUAUGUACUGGAAUCAUUAUUUGAAUUUUGUGAGGAAUCCUCUUGGGCCACCAGAAGUAAACCCAUUUCCUGAUUGCAUUCCACCAUCCAAUACCAGUACACCAUUGCAGGGUUCGAAUAAUAUACCUUUCAUACCUGUGAAUUUGGACUCAGAUGCAGAACAUAGUGUUCAAGACAUCAAUAGUCCUGAAAAGAAUGCACCUCCAAUACAAAAACCCAAAAAGGCUAAGGAACAAAACUUUACUAGCCCUGAAGAUCUUCUACUUUGCACAACGUGGUUGCAAAUUAGCAGUGACCCUGUUGUGCACACUGGCCAACGUAGGGAGGGCCUUUGGGCUAGAAUUGAAAAAAGAUACAACGAACAGAGGGGGAACUUUCCUUGCCGAGUGAACAGAGCGCUUAGCAGCAGAUGGGAUAAGAUAAGAGCAGAUGUAAGUAAGUUUGCUGGAUACUAUUCAAGAGUUCUUAGAGAGAAACAAAGUGGGUUAACUGAUGACGACAAGACUUCGAAGGCCGCAACAUUAUUUGCACACGAGGAGAACAAAAAUUUCCAGUACAUGCAUUGCUGGCACCAACUAAAGGGAGAACCGAAAUGGGAGAGCAUUUGUAGUGCCCAAUCGUUCCGCGGAUUGAAUGCAAAUCCAGUUGGGUCAACAGGUACUCUGUCUGCUCCGACAACUGAAAAUGAUAGUUCAUCAGCAGGGUUGACAGGAAAACGGCCGCGUGGUCGUGAUUUCAGUAAAUCAGAGAGAAACAAACCUGCAUCAUCUUCAUCUCCAGAGUACCUUAGCCGUUUGCAAGAAAUAACUGAAAAACAAAUUCAGAGGUCCAUUGAAAAGGGUGCAAAAAAAGAGAAGUGCACAGAAGAAGACAGGGAAAUGGAGAAAAAGAGGUUAGAAUUGGAAGACGAAAAGGUCAUCAUAUGAAAAAGGGAAUUGAAACUUCAAGAACUAGAAUCAGCUGAAAAAAGAUUAGAAAGGCUGGAGGCAACGAAUGAAGAAGAUGUCCAACCCCAUGUUUGGAUUAUGAUACAGAAACAAAAACAAAAGUUGCAAGAAUUCAUAUUUGGUUACGAGUGAAACAUUUAUUCGGUUACUGGUAACUUGAACUUGUUUUACUGAACCUGUUUGUAUUAUUUGUUUAUGUGAGAACGUUACAUUUGUUUGGCAGACCAUUAUAAUAUUUGUACGAACCAUAAGUCGUCAAGGA